ACAGCGUCUCAAACGCCCGCAGCCCUCCCUGACCGGACCUGCAUCCAACAGAGCCGCCCGACGUUGCACGACACCUUCUCUUUUCUUACAUUAUCCUAUCUCGCCAUGGGCAUCGGCGAGACCAUCACCGUCAUCAACAAGUCCGGCAAGAUUGUGAGCAGCAGCCGCCACAUCAUCGACGUCUUCAAGGAAGCCAAAUCCGCCUACCGCGAGCGCAAGGCCGAGAUCCGCGCCGAGCGCCAUGCCGCCCUGCAGCAGGAGAAGAAGCUGCGCGAGGGCAUGAGAGCCUUGCAGCUGCAAGACAAUAAUGCCGUCGACCACGACGACGUCCGCUCUCGCGCUUCCUCGCGCCGCUCAAAGGGUACCCAUCGCUCGUCAAGAUCCCACAGACACCACCACCACGACGGCGAGCCGAGACGAAGCAGCAACCACCAUCACCCACUCCGCUACGACUACUCCGCCUACGACCUCGAUCCUCACAAUCGGGAGCCCGCACCCCUCACCCGCCGCCACACCGAGCUCCCUCUCCGCCAUCAUCAUCCUCCCCCUUAUUACAAGCCCACGCACUCCCACUCAGAACCGCACAUCGACAUGGACCUCGCCUACGGCGACCUCCCCCCUCCCUCCCCCACCGCUGCUUACAACGAAGAAGACCUCCACCUCCAAGCCUCCAAACUCACCCGCCUCCUCGAAGAAGCCCACUGCCUCCACCACUCGGUCAGCACGACCAUUGACUCGUUGCAAAAGAACCCCGACGCCCUCGCCGCCGUCGCCCUGACCUUGGCCGAAAUCAGCAACCUCGUCGGCAAAAUGGGUCCUGGCGUGCUGACCUUUUUAAAGGGGAGUUUCCCAGCUGUAGCGGCGCUGUUAGCGUCGCCGCAGUUCAUGAUUGCGGCCGGUGUGGGUAUCGGCGUUACCAUCGUGGCGUUGGGGGGUUAUAAGAUUAUCAAGAAGAUCCAGGCUGUGCCGAGUCAGGGGGAGGGGCCGGUUUUGGAGGAGCCGUGGCGGGGGGCUGGUCCUGUUGGUGGUGGAUUGGACCAGCUCGAAGAGCUCGAAACGCAGGAAUUGAGCCGCAUCGAGGUAUGGCGUCGGGGCAUCGCGGACGUCGAGGCCGAGAGCGCGGGCACGACGGUGGAUGGCGAGUUCAUCACGCCUGGAGCUAGUAGGCAUUUGGUGGCUGUGGGCGUGCUGGAGGAGGAGGAGGUGAGGUCGAGGAGGAAGUCGAGGGUCGGCAAGGGGGAAGAAACUGAGAGUAGGAAGAGCCAUCGGUCGAAGGGGGCGAAGAGUUCUGCUAAGAGCAGUAGUAGCUCAUCGAGGAGUAAGUCGACCAAGGAGAAGAGUCGGAAGAAGGAGCCGAGUGGGUUGAGGAUGCUGUUUAGGAGUCAUACGGCGCACUGAAGGAAGGAAGAGGAGGACGGGAGCUGGGUUGGACAUGAGAAACUAUGAUGGCGUUUUGGAUGUUCCGCGUUCUUUUGGCGUUUUGGUGCAUGUGACGGUAGACUCGCGUUCAGCAUGGUGGAGUUGGGCGAUUACAUAUCCAUUAUCCAUGUUUGACCACGCUACCUAUGUAGCUGGGAUGGUGUACUGACGUUUC